UAUAAACUCACGUACUUAGUGCAGGCAGGCGGCAGCGACAAUGGCAGCUCAUGUUCUAGUCCUCCCCUUCCCGGCGCAGGGCCACAUCAAUCCGGCCCUCGCCUUCGCCACCCGCCUCGCCUCCAUGAGCCUCUCCGUCACCGUGAUCAUCACCACUGACUUGAUCAACAAAGCAACUGUCUCAUCUCAAUCCUCCUCUGUCUCCAUCGCCUGCAUCUCAGACGGCAAGGAGUCCGCCGAGGGUGAGGAGUCCGUCGAGGCCUACUUAAAGCGGAUCACGUCCGUGCUCUCGGCCAACCUGGCCGAAUUCAUCGACCACAACCCAGCCAAGCUCCUCAUCUACGACUCCACGAUGCCGUGGGCCAUGGACGUGGCCCUGCCCCGGGGCUUGCUCUGCGCGCCGUUUUUCACAAUGUCGGCGGCUGUGUCUGCGAUUUUCUACCAUUUGAAAAAUGGGGGUUUGAAGUAUCCUUAUGAGGAAUGUGGGGAGGUGAGGCUGCCUUCGUUGCCUUGUCUUGGGGUCAAGGAUUUGCCUUACCUCUCUACGUUUAUGGAUGACAAGCAGACCAUUCUCAACCAUCUUUGUGGCCAGUUCUUGAAUCUUGACAAGGCAGAUUGGAUCUUCAUCAACACGUUCGACAUGCUCGAGAAAGAGAUAGUAGAUUGGAUGGUCGGAAAAUGGCCAAUCAAGACCAUCGGCCCAACCUUCCUCCCAAACAACAAACACAACAACAACCAAACCACCAUCAACAUCUUUGAACCAAAACAGGACGCCUGCACACAAUGGCUCGACUCCAAAGAGACCGCCUCUGUCGUCUACGUCUCCUUCGGAAGCAUCGCAUCCCUCGGAAAACCCCAGAUGGAAGAACUCGCACACGGCCUCAUCGCCAGCAACCGCCACUUCCUGUGGGUGGUCAGAGCCUCAGAGGGCGACAAGCUCCCCCGGGAUUUCAAUCCCAGGGAGAAGGGCCUCGUGGUGCCUUGGUGCAACCAGCCGGCGGUGCUGGCCCACCGCGCUGUGGCGUGCUUCGUGAGCCACUGCGGGUGGAACUCGACUCUGGAGGCGGUCGGGCAUGGGGUGCCCGUCGUGGCCGUGCCGCAAUGGAUGGACCAGACCACGGAUGCUAAGUUUGUGGAGGAUGUGUGGGGGAUUGGGGUUGUGAUGAAAGGUUGUGAAAGAGAGGAGAUUGCUGAGUGUAUUGAAGGAGUUGUGGGAGGAGAGAGAGGGGUUGAGAUGAGAAGGAAGGCUUGUGAGUUUAGGAAAUUGGCUAAGGAUGCUGUGGAAUGUGGUGGGACUUCUAUCAAUAAUAUUCAGCAUUUUGUUGAGGAACUUUUGUGUAGGUAGUUAGUUAGCUGGUCUACGUAGGGACGUGAGUCUUACUUUUAUGUACUCUUUUUAUUUAUUUUUGUUA